GUUCCAGAAAUCAUUUUGUUAUCGACAUUUUUCACCGUUUUAAGUUCAUCUGAAGGACUAGAGUGACGGCGAAACUGGUGUGGCUGUCAAACCCUGCUGGUCUCAUCUGGAAACAUCUCAGGCAUCUGUGUACUUGCUACCUUCCCAGGGUAACAUGUCUGGCGAUGCGUCAUCAGCUGAACCCAGGUUAUAUCGCCUCUCCAAAUGGUUUGACCCUGAAACCGCUGCGGUGGUGACCAUCCUGCUGGGGCUGUUCCAGGUGCUGCUGUCUGUCCUGCUUGCUUAUGCUGAUGAUACUCUUCCAAAACUGUUCAUAAUGCCGCUCGGCAUAGGAAUUUUAAUUGUGGCAGGAGGAUCAUUCACCAUGGCCAGUGAGAGGAACCCCAGCAGACAAGUGCUUCAACGUUGUGCAUGCAGUAAUGUGAUUGGCCUGCUGGGGACAGUGCUCGUCUUCUGCCUCUACUGCUACAGUCUCAGCAUUACACGCAAAAACGUUUGUGGGAACAUUGAUCCUGAUGGCUACAGACAACAUGGGUGUCCUGAGGAAGUUCUGGCGGCCUACUGCACGAGUGUGUUGCAGCUGCUGCUGGUCUAUGACACCGGGGCAGUGGUGAUGCACGGCCUCCUGUCAGUCUCCGCCGUCAAAGCACUGAAAACACACUAAUACCAACACACACACAGACACACAAAAGAAGUACACGCCAUACAUGUUGAAUUACUUCUUACUUGAAUUACUUAAUUACUUCUUCUCAGCAGUAAAAUUUAAAAAAAAAAAUUGUAAAAUUCUGCAGAUUUCUGUUUUUGUGGAUUGAGUGACACAGUGAGCUUUCAUAACACAGAUCAGAUAGGUCUGUUCAAAACAAAAUGUGUGGAAGUGGAGCAUCAGAUUCAGGCAGAAAGUAAGUUCUUAGCACUGUCAGCACAGAUGUGACAAACUUUGACAAAUAUGAAUUAAAUAUAUAAUAUGCUAUAUUUCCAUAUUAAAAUAUGUAAAAUAUGACUACACUUCUAUUGCAUAUUUAUAUGUAUAUUAUAAUAUAUUAUAUUAUAAUAUAGUAUUUUUAUUUACAGUAUUUUGUUGAGUUUUGUACUUGUAUUGUCCCAAACGUUUCCAACAAUGUCAAAACUCAGAGAAAUCUGUAAUUGUAUUGAAGGGAACCACACGUUACAUUUGGUCACCUGUUGCUGUAACUUCCAAGGAAAAAAUGUCCAGAUUUAGACGAUUGCACAAUCACACUGUUUUUUGUGAUUUAUUUAUUUUAUGUCAUCAAAAGAAGCAUUAUUUUUACCUAGGAAUGGUCACAUUUACAUGCUUUCUUGUUGGGAUGGCAUUUAAAUUUAUGUCUUCAAAGGAAUAGCUCAUCCAGUCCUUGUUCAGUCAUUUCCAUGCUGAUGAAAAGCCAGGGGGAGUUUCUUUGUCCAACAUUUAUGUAGCUUCACAUUAAAACAAUGUUGCACCAUUCUCCAAAAACAACUGAAGAAGAAGCUGGGGGCUUGUUUGAAAAAAAAAAAAAAAGACUUGUAAGCGGCACGGUGGUGCAGUGGUUAGCACUGUCGCCU